CACCGGCAUCGACUGACGCAGCGACAUCCGCCACUUGUUCUGGCGAGGCACCCGCAUCGGCGGCUGCCGCAGCAGCCACGUCAGCAGCGGGCGCAUGGUUGUCCGCCGAGUCUUCCACUUGGGCUUCCACAGCAGCAGCGGCAGCAGACGACAAACCCGCAUCGGCAGCAGCAUCCGAAGGCGACGCGCCAGCAUCCACAGCAGUCACAAUGUCCGCCACUUGCUGGGCAGACGCGCCCGCGUCAAUGGCAGCCGCGGCAGCCACGUCGGCCGGGGGCGCCACGUUGUCCGACGACGACGAGACUUGGUCCACGAUGUCAGCCACGGCAGCCGUGUCCAAACCGGCGUCGGCAGCGGCAGCUGCAGCAGAGGAUCCAGCGUCCACCGAUUCGGCCACGUCCGCAGCUUGAGAUGCAGUCGCUCCGUUGUCGAGUGCGGCGGCGGCAGCGACGUCAGCAGGGUCAGACACCUUUUCGGCAGACUCAAUCACUUCGCUGACGACGUCGGCCACGGCGGCAGGCUCGAGACCGGCUUCGGUGGCGGCAAGCGCAGCAGAGUCGCCGUUGUCCACGGCGGCCGCGAUUUCCAACGCCUGGCUUGACGACGCACCGCUUUCGAUGGCAGUCGCCGCGGCCACGUCAGCAGGGUCGGCGAUUUCGUCCGAGGCGGACGUCACUUGGUCGAUCACUUCGGCCGUUUGGGCGUCCGACAGACCGGCGUCCAACGCAGCCGAAGCCGCAGACGCACCGCUGUCAAUGGCGUCCUUGAUUUCUUCGACUUGGGCAUCCGUGGCACCAACGUCCGCGGCGGCAUCAGCAGCCACUUCGCCUUGCGAGGGGAUGUCUUCGGACGCGGUGACCACUUCCGUGAUCACUUCGACCGCUUGCGAGUUGGUCAAACCGGCAUCGAUGGACGCGGACGCAGCCGACGCGCCUUCGUUGUCGAUCGCGUCGGCAAUGUCUGCCGCUUGGUACUCCGUGGCUCCGGCGUCCACGGCAGCCGCCGCAGCAAUUUCACCUUGGGUGGAUUUGUCGGAGUUGUCUAAUGUGCUUUCAUAAUCGUUGAUGUCGCUGAUUUGAACCACGGGCGUGUCAUUUGAUGCGGGAAGGGCGUCUUGAGCUUGUACUCGGGCAACAACAAACAGGAGACCAAUCAAUGCGACUUUGGAGAGUUUCAUGGUGGCUAGUACAGAAAGACAGAAUUGGAUUGACGCACACAAAGAUGUAUACCGAAGAUACCCGAAUUGAAAAUGA